GACGCUGGGUACCCCCCAGUGGGGACCCUGCAGGACCCAAGGCCCCGACGCAUAUGGGGCAAGCAGAGGGACCUGUCCCUGCCUGUGCCCAAGUUCAAGGUGGAUGAGUUCUGGUGCCCCCCCCCCCACGACGUGACCUUCGCCCACCUGAGCCCCCUGACCCACGACAGGUCCCUAUGGGAUCUGUGCAGCCGCUAUGGGGCCGUGGAGGAGCUGGAGCUGAUCCCACACCCGCGGACACAGCAGCCUAUGGGGCUGGCCAGGGUCAGGUUCCGCAGUGGGGCUGGGGCCAGAGCCUGUGUCCGCUCCCUGCACAACACUGUGCUCAUGGGCAGCACCAUCCAUGUCAUGCUGGAUGCACACGGGCAGCAGCGCAUGAAGCUCUAUGACCUGAUCGUCACUGGGGCCUUCACCCCACAGACUGUGCCCACUGGGGCCAAGGCAAUGGGGGACGGUGAAGAGACGCCCCCUGACCUCCGCCGCCCCCCCGAGGGCCCCUUCGUGCCCCCCCCCGGCAAUGGCGGCCCCGGGACCCCCCCCCCGCCAGGGGGCGCUGUGCCCUUCCCGGCUCCCUUCGCUCCCCCCUCCGCCUAUGGGGGCAGGCUCCCCUUCACCUCCCGUCGCCUGGAGCCCGGGGGGGGCUUCCCCCUGCGCCCCCCUCCCGGGACCCCCGAGAGUGUCCCAUUCACCCUCCAUAGCAGCCUGGACUCCCGCAUUGAGGCCCUAUUGAAGGAGCAGCGCUCCACCUUCUCCUUCCUGCCCCCCCCCCCGCCGCUGGGGGGCGCUAUGGGGCCGGUGGAGGGGGUCCUGGCUGCUCUGGUGCAGGAGAUGAAGGUCACAAUGCACAGAGACCUCAACAGGAAGAUGGUGGAAAAUGUGGCGUUUGGGGCCUUCGAUGCCUGGUGGGAGAGGAAGGAGGAGCAGGUCAAGCCGUUCCAGGGCUCGGGGCGGCCUCGGGACGAGGACAGGGAGAGGCUGAGGCCGAAGGAGCCUCCAGCUCUGCUCUCAUUGGUGGACUGGGCCCGAGGGGGAGGGGCCCUCAGGGGGGCACUGAGGCUGCCAUCGUUCAAGGUGAAGAGGAAGGAGCCAUCGGAGAUGGGGGAGGGGGGGGAAGAGAAACGGCCGCGACCCCCGACCCCCCCCGAGGAGGAUGAGGAUGCUUCUGGAAAGCGCCGGAAGCUUUUCCGCUUGGACAGUGAAGGGGAGGAAGCAUCAGAGGAGUCUUCAUCAGGCAAAGAGGAAGAGGAGGAGGAGGAAGCUGCCCCCCAAAGACGAAGGAGGAGGAGGAGGACCAAGGGGGAGCCCCCCCCGGGGGGGGAUGCUGGUGGCCAUGGCAACGAGGAAGAGGAGGAAGAGGAGCCCCCCCCCAGCGAAGCCUCCUCCUUGUACCGGGGGGGGGGCCCCGCCCCCUUUUGGCCCCGCCCCAUCUCCAACCUCCCAUUGGACCACGCGGCUCUGGUCAAGGCCUGGACGGAAGCUCCUGGGAGGAGGAGGAGGAGGAGGAGCCCUAUGGACAGCAGUGAGGAGGAGGAGGAGGAUGAAGAUGAAGGCAGCUCCAUUGAGGACAAUGGGGAUGAGGAGGAUGAUGAGGAUGAUGGAGGGAGCCCCAUUGAGGAGGAUGAGGAUGAUGAUGGUGAUGGGAGGAAGGUGUUUGCCCCUCGGAGUGAGUUCGAGCAGAUGACCAUCCUAUAUGAUAUAUGGAGCUCGGGGCUGGACGCAGAGGACAUGAGGUUCCUUAGGGUCACCUAUGAGAGGCUCCUGCAGGAGGACAGCAGCAGCCACUGGCUCAAUGACACACACUGGGUGCAGCACACCGUGACCCGUCCCAGCAGCCCCCGCUGGCCGCGGUGGCCUCGGCUCCGGUGCCACCGAACAGGCAGCGCCAGGAGUGAAGGUUUCUACCCAAUCAGCCGCAGGGAGAAGGAUCAAUACCUGAACCCGCAGCUGCCGCGGCAGCAACAGGCACCGGAUACACAGGGUCAGCUGCGGGUCCUGUCAGAGCGCAGGUCAGAGCAGAGACGUCUCCUCAGUGCAAUUGGUUCAGCUGCUGUGGCCGAUAGUGACCUGCUGAAGCUGAACCAGCUCAAGUUCCGCAAGAAGCGCCUCCGCUUCGGCCGCAGCCGCAUCCAUGAGUGGGGCCUGUUUGCUAUGGAGCCUAUAGCAGCUGAUGAGAUGGUCAUAGAGUAUGUGGGGCAGAACAUCCGACAGGUGGUAGCUGACAUGCGUGAGAAGCGCUAUGCCCAGGAGGGCAUCGGCAGCAGUUACCUGUUCCGGGUGGACCAAGACACCAUCAUUGAUGCCACCAAGUGUGGGAACCUGGCCAGGUUCAUCAACCACUGCUGCACUCCCAACUGCUACGCGAAGGUCAUAACCAUCGAGGCCCAGAAGAAGAUUGUGAUUUACUCCAAGCAGCCAAUUGGGGUCAAUGAGGAGAUCACCUAUGACUACAAGUUCCCUAUAGAGGACACCAAGAUCCCCUGUCUGUGCCGCACCGAGGCCUGCAGGGGGACACUGAACUGAGUCAUGUGAUCAUCAUGUGACCCACGGUAAGGUCAUGUGAUCACCUAUGACUACAAGUUCCCUAUAGAGGACACCAAGAUCCCCUGUCUGUGCCGCACCGAGGCCUGCAGGGGGACACUGAACUGAGUCAUGUGACCUGCGGUAAUGUCAUGUGACCCAUGGUAAUGUCAUGUGAUCACCGGUAACGUCAUGUGACCUGUGGCACCGGCACCAUCAGCUGACCCUGUCUGUGCCACACCGACACCUGCCACGGUACCCUCAACUGAGUCAUGUGACUGUCAUGUGAUCACCAGCACAGUCAUGUGACCCACGGCACCGGCACCAACACUGACACCUGCCUGUGCAGCACCAACUCCUGCUGCGGCACGCUCAGCUGAGUCACGUGACCCACAGCACUGUCACCUGACCCGCGCCACUGUCACCUGACCUACAGCACUGUCACCUGACCUGUGGCACCAACACCUGCCACGGCACCCUCAACUAAGAGUCACCUGACCCACAGCAGCGUCACAUGACCCGCAGCAAUGGCACCUGACCCACAGCAAUGUCACCUGACCCACGGCAGUGUCACGUGACCCACGGCAAUGUCACCUGACCCACGGCAGUGUCACGUGACCCAUGGCAAUGUCACCUGACCCGUGGCAGCGUCACGUGACCUGCAGCAACAUCAGCUGACCCAUGGCACCAACACCUGCCACGGCACCCUCAACUGAGGGUCACAUGACCCGCAGCAACAUCACAUGACCCGCGGCACUGGCACCUGACCUGCAGCCACCAUUGACCUAUGGCCACCGUUGUGACGUCACCGUCCCAGUGACGCCAUCGCCGCGACGUCAUCAUUGUGACGUCACCAGCCCCUCCCCCUCCUCCCCCCUCGGCUGUUUCUUGUAGAAACCCAUUGGGGGAGGGGCUGGUUGUGCCCCGCCCCUCGCCCCGCCCCC